AUGCCCAGGAGCAAGACACCCACGGGGGUGCAGCUGCCCGCCGGCGGCGACCCCCGGCCCCGGCGGGACAAAGCGUUCUCCCUCCGCCGCCCGUCCCCCCGCGGCGGCGGGAGCGUCCCCAUGCCCGACGCUGCCCGCUCCGGCCGCCAUGAGGCGAGGCAGCCCCGGCCUGCGCUCCCUCCCUCCCUGCCGGCCGCGCCGCCGCAGCGGCGGUGUCGGCGGGAGCGGCCGCCAUGGCGCAGGCUCCUGGCGGAGGAGGUCACCCGCCGCCGAGCCUCCUUCCAUUUUGUGCGCCGAGGAGCAGCGCCGGCCGCUCCCCACCCCCCCGCCGCCACCACACCCCCCGCGGCCGGGCGGGGCGGCGAGCCCGGGCGGCGGGACCCCCGCCGAGAGGGGCCGCGGCGGGGCCGGGCGGCGACCCCCGCCCGCGGGGGCGGCGGCGGCAGCGCAGCCCAGGCGGCGCGGAAUGGCCGCUGUGGCGUCGCCCGCUGCCGCCGCCGCACAGAGAACAUGGCUCCUUCCUCCCUUCCCUUUGUGUGA